AUGUCCAACUACGCUCAAAAUGCAGCUCAACCCCGAACUCGGGCCCAUCGAGGCCCCCAACGCAACCGCGCCAUGAAUCACAACAGCGUCGACGGAAGCGGCAGCAGUAGCACCCCCACCUCCACCAUCGCGACAACUGCAACCACCGUCCGACAACAGCAGGAUUCGCAUAUCUCCACCAACCUCUGUAGACUAGAAGUCGAGCUCAACACCCUCUACCAACAGACUUCCGACUGCAUCACUACUCUCAACCAGGAGAACGCCAUCCUCAGCCAACAGGUUAAGAACCUCAUUCAAGCAUCGGAAUCGCAGAGAAACGAGCUCGCAGUCCUGCGCCACGAGACGCAGCGCCUUGCCCUCCAGGCAGAAGAUGUCAACUCUAUCGUCCAAGAGCUGGCUCAUCUGCCGACCGCGGUGGGCCAUCAGCUCGAGUAUAUUCAUCAAGAACUAAAGUCAUUGCGUGAAUGGGUCGAGGAGAUUGACCGACGCCCCAAUGAUCACCUCUUCGAAUUUCUCAGGGGUAUGGACCCCGAUUCUUCGCCGACAACGAACGGCUUCAGUGCGGAGAGUGGUUCGGGUUAUCUGCCGAUGUGA